UGUAGACAUUGGAAAAAGUUUUGGCAUUGUUUGUGUUUGUUAUCUUAGGAACAGAGCUGCUGCAUUGUUUAGUUGGCGUGUAAAAAGUAUCUUCGUACCCCCGCGAAAUCAUAUCAACCAUGGAAAACCUUAGCAAAGUAUUAAGCAUGAAUCGACAGCCACUGAGUGGCCAGCUUUACAAAUACACGAACGUGGUAAAAGGCUGGCAGUACCGCUGGUUUAGCGUCGAUGCACAGGCUGGACUGCUCAGCUACUAUCUGUGCGAACCAUCUGGAGAUGAUUCAAGCAGCUCCCAUAUCGUGAGCGGUACGCCCCGCGGGCAGGUGCAUCUAGCCGGUGCUGUGAUAUGCCCCAGUGAUGAGGAUUCCAAAACAUUCACCGUCAAUUGCGCUUCUGGCGAUAUGCUGAAGCUUCGGGCGGUUGAUGCUCGUGCUCGGCAGGAAUGGGUGGACGGAUUGCGGGCGAUUGUGGAGAGCCAUUCAAACUCCACCGGAACGGCGUUGCCACCGAGGGAUCAGCUUGCCGCACAUGAUGCGUUUGGUGCCGCACGACAGCAGUUGCAACAGACGGAACUGAGCAAUGCAGCUCUAGCAAGAGCCAUCGAGAAUCUAAGCAGCCCACUAUCACACACCGAUCCGGACCUUCUGGUAGUGAAGGCAUUGUCCGCCGCAAGCACUCAUUGUCUAUUGCAAUGCUUGGGAUUAUUACAGCGACAUCAAGAACUUGCUCCUGAUUCAAGAUUAGAACAAAGUUUCUAAAGCUAAUCGCCGUUUAUUUCACACAACGUAUUUUCUUAUCUAAAUAAUGAUUCCUUGGUCCUUACCGUUUCCUUUACGUCGAAACUUUCUCUGUCAACUUCGAAUCCAAAUGAAACUAAUAAUAAACUCCAUUAUUCU